CGGUUGUCUCCUCCAUAACAACGGACUCCAGCCUUGGCAACAGCAUCCCCGGCGGCAGCGGUCGCGCUGUGAGGAGGCUGACGACCCGUGUAAGCAUCUCCCGCGUCCUGUCCUACAGUAAAGAAUGGCCGUUCGCACGGCGUUUUGGGUUUUAUUUUAGAAGCCGUCCAGGGACGGGCGCAAUAUCAUCAAACUAAAUUUGGAAAAGUGACGUCUGAAUUGUGAUCCUGUAGCGCUCUGCCCUCGCACCACUUCAUUGGACCAGCUGGGGCUGCAAGCAAUUCGGAGACGGCGCAAAUGAGCGAAGCCGAUGGGUUAGAAACACGUUACGAGAAGCACAGUGAUUCAUCGGAAACAGACAGCAUCCAGUUACAACAAGGCGUGGUGAAUUCAGAAAUCGCUGCUCUCCUGCCUUUUAAAAUAAUUUAUAUCCCCCCCCAACCUAUGAAACAAUUAGUAAUUCAACUAUUGGCAUAGAAGGUGAUGUUCAAUGGGCGGUGAUCCACCAACAAGGACCAAGCUGCUGAAAUGGACAGGACUCGUACCAAGAGAUCAGCACCAUCCCGCUUUUAAUUUCAACCCUGAACAACGCCGGAGAGCGUUAGAGGACACGGGGGGAAAAUAACCCAAAGAUGGAGUUACCAUGACAACUACUGAUGUAUUCCCGGAGUUUCCUCCGCCAAUAUCUGAUAAAGCAACCAGGGAGACCCUGAAGAAGAGGCAGAUGUUACACACGCUCGCCGCGGUCGCCGUGCUGCUGGCCACGGGGACUACCAUAACCAGCCUCAACAAAUGCAUCUUUGCUGUGUAUAAUUUUCGUUACCCGCUCUUGCUGUCGGCGCUUCACAUGCUUACAGCCAUUGUUGUCGACUAUGUUCUGAUCCGAAUGGGAUUCGUAAAUCUGAAAAUAAAGGAAAUCAGCGGCCUACCUACUGCUGCUAAAGUCAAAGUGUUUCUACUGAGCCUAACAUUCUGUGCCACCAUCGCUUUUGGGAACAUGGGAUUAAAUUACGUGCAGGUCUCCUUUGCACAAGUGAUCUCCACCACCACCCCUCUCUUUACCAUUGCCAUCUCAAAGCUCUUCUUGGGAAAGCACCAUCACAUUCUUAAGUACACUGCCAUGAUGCCCAUCUGUCUGGGAGCUUCAUUCAGUCUUAUUGGCGAGGUGCAAUUUGAUCACAAAGGAUGCUUCUACAUUUUUGCUGCAACCAUGUUGCGAGGAGUAAAAUCCAUCCAACAAAGUAUUCUCCUUCAGGAAGAAAAGAUCAACUCUGUCAUCCUGCUCUACUUGAUGUCCAUACCAAGCUUCUGUAUUCUUAUUUCAGCUGCGUUUCUACUGGAGAGUGGCACUGUAUGGGAACCAUCCAUUAAGUAUGACAACAGACUUUGGAUUUUUAUUCUCCUCAGCUGCCUGGGCUCAGUACUGUACAACUUGGCGAGCUUCUGUGUCACCACACUUACCUCUGCUGUCACUCUGCAUGUUGUGGGAAAUCUCAACAUGGUCGGAAACCUUGUCAUUUCACAGGUCCUCUUUGGCAGCGAGAUGACCGUGCUAAGCUACGCUGGUAUCGGGCUUACACUAACGGGUGUGUUGAUGUAUCAGAAUUCAGACUUGAUAGCAGACUACUUAAAUUCAAGAAGAAAGCAUCAUGAAGAGCAAGACCGUUUAAAAACUGACUGAAAGAAAGUCUUGUGUAUAGCCAGGAAAUAAUACAUUCAUAAUUCAAUAGGAUUAAAUUUUGCCAAACUGCAGGCAGACAAAAUGCUAAAGAUAUUAAAGUAAAGCACAUUGCCUUAUUUAAGAAUGCUUUACUCAAUAUUUUGUUCUCCUUAAUUGUAUAAGUCUGUGACUGGAGUUGUAUUUAUUUCAUCUUAUAGUUCCAGACCAGAUUAUUAAAUAGCUCUGUUUUUAUUGUAAAGAUGUUUCUCAUGUUAUUGCAUCCAAGGAAAAACUAACAAUAUUGUAUUGCCCACUUCAAAUGAAUUCUGAAAGAGUUGCUCUUACUCUGCUGCUUUCUAGCUAUUAAACCUUUAGAACUUCUGAUCAGCAGGAAAGGAAUGGGAGGAAGAUAAAAUGAA